AGUACAGGAAUAAGCUUUAUAAACUACCUCUGCUGACGAGAUGCAAACUUAGAAUAUUUCUACGCAAGAAUUUCAGAACAAAAUAAAAAUAGCUUCAAUUUUAUUCAGAUCCAACAUGAUGGGUCCCAUGGAGAUGAUGUUUACGGCGGUGUUCGCCAUGCUCGUGCACGAGACCGUUUUGUACGGCACCGGGGAGUAUCGAAUGUAAAAAGGUCUGGGUCUGGAAGAGUCUGAGUCAUGCUGUUUGUGCAUGACACAGAAGGUCUGGCAUGGAAGCUCUAGCAUCACAGGUUUCGAGAAGCUUCCGCAAUGCCGAAUCCGCAUGACAAAUCCCCCAUUUUGGUGACAGAAUGUGAGCAGCUUUUGCUGCCUAUGCGUCAGAGAUUUUUGUGUGUUCUGAAAUGCGCAUCACAAGUUACAUCCUUCCAGACCCAGAUAUUUUUACAUUUGAUAGGGAGCUGGUCAAGCUUCUCAUUUCCUUCGAGCUCCUGCCGGACCUCAACGGUACUACUUCUACGGAGUCAGGUUUUGCGGGCGGGUUGUUCGGUGGUACGAGUGCCUCCGCUGGUAGUUCGUCUGGGGACGAGGUGAAACUGUACGUGUAUUACGGCCGGCACGCCCUGGCGGUCCUGGUCGCCAUCUACUUCACACUGGUGGCGAAACCGGCGAAAAAAAUUCCGCGCCGCGCGCCGUCUAUCAAGCCCGAGGAGUGCGUUGAGUACGGGGAUUUGGCCAGGCAGAAAUCAUCUCCGGGUAAUGCAGCAAACAACUUGCUGUGGACGUGUGACGCGGAAGCCUGUUUACCCACCCGGUUUGCGAAAACCGGACCGGCGUCGGAGGCGUGGAACCCGGCCAUGACGUUAUCAAAAGGAAAAAUCCAUCCUCCCCACAUCAAAACGAAACUUCUGAUGCUGGAUUUGCGUAGACAAAUCAGAUUUGUCUUGCAGUGGAGGACUGCAGGCCCGUAUCAUGCCAAUGUAGAGGGGUUUCGGCCUAGGCGCUUAGCAUGAGGAACGUCUAUGCUGUAGACCCAACAGCAUUACAAGCCGCCUGCAUAAUGGGGCGGAGCCUAUGCGCUGGCUUUCUUGCAAGACAGACGCGAUUUGUGGUCACAAAUAAGCAUCGCAAAUUCUCUGAGGCGUGCCGUUUCGAUAUGGGGAGGGGCGAUUUUUCCUUACGAUAGACGUAUCCUGUGUGCAGAAUGAUGUGGAACGACGAAGAACUAAUCGAGGGUCUUUGAUCCUCAGGAUCUUGAGCACCAUUGCGAGUUUAUUUUGAGCAGUUUGUCAUGCGAACCGUGUAUAGAGGAAGUGAACGUGAAGUUCUUGUAGUUGUGCAUCUGCUUCUACUGCACCCCGGGAAGCUUUCGGCUCAUUUAUUUCGUUGACAUGAAAGAGUUGCUUCGAAGCGGUUUUGCAUAGGAUAAUUCCGUGCCGAAAUAUAUGGCGAUGGCCGCGCAGCAGUACCCAGAUGCCAUCGCGUUGCGAGUGGAAAGACCCGUGCCAGCGAAGCUAGGGGAGAAAAAAGCGCCGAGUUUACCACUGGACGAAUGGACCUCGUAUAAUUGUUUGGAUUUCUACCGAAGAUGUUCGUUUUUUGUCACGAUGAUUUGCAAUAUGCUCCUGGGCAGCGGCAGCUCUCGUUCUUUUCCUUGGGUAUUAGCUUGAAUUAGUUCUUCGUAUGUCUCCUGCUUCCGAAAAAAUGAGCUGCAAGAUGAAACGACUGGCCCACUUCAUUCUACCAGGUGGACCUAUUCGCAAUUUCACGACGAAGUGAAUCACGCUGCGGCUGCGAUGGCGACGGAUUUUGACGUGAAGAUGUUCGGCUCAGUGGCCGUGUGGGGCUUCAACGCCCCCGAGUGGCACAUGUCCUUUGCCGCCGCCGCGGCCAUCGGGGCCAAGGUCGCGGGCAUUUACCCGACCGACUCCCUGGACCACAUGUGCUACAAGGUGAAGCAGUCCAACGCGAGUGUGGCGGUGGUGGAGGGGAAAAAACAGUGCGAAACCCUGCUGCAAGCCCCGAAAAACCUGCUCGGGACGAAGCUGAAGGCGGUGGUUAUCCUGAGCAAAAACAUCCCCAUCCCAGAGUCAACCUGGGGAUUUUCGAACACAAACCGAGAAAUGUUUGGAGUCAAGCAUGACAACUUGCAGUCCGUAGCGUAGUGCAGAUUAGAAAGGGCAGCGGCAUUACAAGUCCAGGUUCUUAUCCUGUUUACAGCAUUGCAAAUUCCAAAACACGAUGGGAAAUGCCUAUCAUGGGGAUGCGCAUCACAAAUGUUCUUCUCCUUGCAAUUCUGCAUGACAACUGGGGAGUGGGGACGUUUUUACACGGGUUAGUGGUAGUGUAUUCCGUGGAGGAUUUCGAGUACGUGAAGAGCAUCGCGGACUCGGCCGUGUGCAAGACGGCUUAUCCCACGAAAAAAGUGUUACAGUUACACAUUUGUAGUCAAUUUAGCAACACAAAUUUCUCUGCGUGAGUGAGAAAACUUUGUAAUGCAGAAAUCCUACGGGAAAACACCUAUGAAACGAGGCCUGUAUGCAUAUCCGGCAUGAGAGAGCUUGCCUGUCCUUGGCCUGCAAGACAAUGUGUAACUGUAGCACCUUUUUCUUGCGAUACGGCUGGCCUGAAGGUGAUCACCUGGCCCCAACUAGUGGCGAUCGGCCAGGGGAAAGGUGCUGCGGUGCUGCAGGAACGACAGGCGUAUCGAGUGGAAAUAUGUCAUCUCGGUCCAUUUCCACGGGAGUAAACUUGUGUAUACAGCUGAACAAAUGUGGAUGAGUGGAGAAGGGGUCUGAGACGACUUUCAAGUAGUGCACCCAAGCAUGACAAGAUCUUUCCUCAUUGUCUCUUGCUAAGCCUGCAUAUAGAAACUGCGUUUUUGCAACAUGACAAAAAAAAAGUUGUGCUUUUUUCAUUUCGGUCAUGCAGCACAGUUUCUUGAGGAAUGCCAGACACGCAAUACAAAUUUCCAGACUGAGAGGACAUAUUUGCAAUGCAUAAAGCGAAACUCAAGCCCGGGCACUGCUGCGUGCUGAUCUACACAAGCGGGACCACCGGGAUGCCCAAGGGGGUCGUAUGCAUUGCAAAUUGGUAUGUCUCCUGGGUCUCUGGAGUGAACUUGUGUUGCUGACACUUGUAUUGCAGAGUGUAGCUACUCGUGCGGCACAACAGCAUCAGAAAUUUCGCGAGGCUCAUUGCAGAUUCAGGCGCAAUCAAAGAAACGCAUGACUUACUGGGUUUCAGCACGACAAAAAUGUUGGCGACUUGUAUUCAUGCAUCACAGAUCUUGCUGUCCUUGAAGUCUGCGCAUGACAAAUCCGGACCCAGAUCGAUAGUUGCAAUGCAUAAGCCAUGCUCUCCCACGACAACCUUUGCUCGACCGCCUGUGUUAUGCUGUGAAAAAGUCGUAGGUUGAUGUGAGAUUGCAGCCACGCAUGACAAAUUUCAGUCCUGAGCAGAAUGAGAAUCAGCAUACUUGAUACGAAUUCCAUUUUUCCUUCUGAAAGAAGUUGGAUAUGCAAUUUGUACCAAACACGGCAGUUUUUCAAUGCAUAUGUCUAGGGCUGUACGAACAUGUCUACGACUCGAAGAAGGAGUUCGGCCUGAAGCAUAUCCUGAUUAGAAACGUCUCCGCCCGAUAGUCAACAAGUUUGGAUUUUGCAAGACAAAUCCAGAAGUUUUAGGAGUUAAGCAUGACAAUUUUCUCGCUGUAUUUUUGUAGUGCAGGUUACGUUAGAAAGGACAGCCACUUCACAAAGCCAUCUCCUUAUCCCGUUGGCAGCAUCACAAAUUCCAAAACGUGACAACGUCUCCUGUAAUUACCACUCCGCAUGACAAGUGUGCCGCAAUUCUGUUUAGCAUGACAACUCUGCGGCGGGGACGUUUCUACACAGGAUAAAACACACCACGGGAACACUGAAGGGCCCGCAGCGUCUCAUUUCCUACUUGCCACUCUCGCACAUUGCCGGGCUCAUGCUGGACGUCGUUUUUCCGAUUGUUGCUACCGCAAAAUUCUCGACACCGGCCACGGUAUGUACUGCUAUUGGGACUACUGUGCCGUAAGGUCUUGAGAUCGUAGUUUUUGCGUCACACUUCUUUCUCGCUUCAUGUUCAAGUUCGAGUUUCCACUGCAUCACAAGUUGUUAAUUACUGAAGUACUUCCAGAAAAAAAUGUAGUGUCUUCCAUUAUCAAUAUCAGGUGUAUUUUGCACGCAAGUACGAUCUUUCGGAGGCCACCAUUGUGCAGCGGAUGGAGUUAUCCAUUGCAAAAGUGAUAUCUUCGUACUCGUGGUAUUGGCAAUCAUAAGUGACAAAUCGCCGAACUUAGGGACGAGAUCAGCAUUACAAAUUCUAUUUUAGUAACGUUUGAAGUAAAAAUGCAAUCCAGUUAAAUACCAGUACAAGUGUACGAUGCUUUAACUUUUGCAACGCAUAAUCGUCCAUCCGACCCACGAUUUUCCUCGGGGUGCCCCGCGUCUGGGAAAAGCUUGCGGAAGGGAUGAAAGCCGUCGGGGCGAAAGUGAAACCCCCCAUGAAGUGGCUGAGUCAAUGGGCGAAGAUGAAAUGCCUGAUCCACUCCAAAAACUGCCUCCUCGGGGGGAACGGACAAUACCCGCUGAAGUGGGGUAUUGAUCAAUUUGCCAAAAGAUUUUUGCCAUUUUUUGUCAUGCGGAUAAUCUACGAUUUUGCAACACUACUCUACAAAGAGUUCUUUGUGAUCAAUCUGCUGCGCAGGGUAUUCGCAUCGAUAUGAUGCGAUUCUCCCACCAAAGCCAAAGCUAAACAUACAAAAUUCGCCAGGUCUUGCCAACACGGUGACGGGUCUGGUCCGCAAGAAGAUCGGGCUAGACAAGCUCCAGUUUGCUGUCACCGGUGCGGCGCCCAUGAACCCGGAAACCUACGAGUACUGGGGGUCGCUGGGGGUCACUAUUUUCGAAGUUUUCGCGAUGUCGGAAUCCACCGGUCUCGCCACCACAUCGAGCCUGCGCGGUAUGGAACUGUCAGGAUCGAAAUCACCAAAAUCGAAAUAAUUUGUGAUGCAUAAAAUUGAUGCCCGUUGCGUUGGAGCCUCAGUUUCCAAGUGGCGCAUGGCAAAUUUCGGGAGCACCAAACUCCAGUCUGUCAUGCUGUUUGGGAAAAGAAGACCGCUCUUGUCAUGCUACUCUGGCAGCACAUCGCCCCCCCCUACACACCAGGCUUGCAAUCGGUCUCAUUUGCCUGCUCCCCAACACAGGCAUUGCGUGCCCUACAUUUUAUGCAUUGCAAAUUUUUCGAUCUUGUCGCUUUCGAUCCUGACACUCCCAUACGCGGGACGUUGUGGGCAACCGUGGGGUUUUCCGCCCCGGGCUUCGAAAUAAAGGUCUUCGACACGAUGUCUGACGCAACGAAGAAAUUCCAGACGCCACCCGCCAUCAACGUGUUCCAGCCCACGGAGAAAGAGCAGGGCGAACUGUGCUACCGCGGCAGAAACGUGAUGAUGGGGUAUUUGGCAAACCCCGGGUUUGGCGCCCAGCACGUUAUGCACGGCGGAAGUCUUUCUUCUGUUUUUCUCCUUCGGAGCACCGUCGGGACGUUGUAGUCUGCAUAGUUAGUAAAGAUUUUUGCAUUUCUCAAAGCGGCUUGAAGGACAACAACCUCCGAAGAUGGCAAGAAUAAUGCUUGGAAUGCUUGAGCUCAACAUUCGUUCUCGUUUUCAUCCGAGGUUGUAGUGCACUUUGCAUUGAUGUGUACUACGUCAACCCUAUUGAGGACCGACGGUCUCUACAAUUUUUCCACAUCACACAUCUAGCGGAGCUGCAAAAGAAAACCGCGGAGGCAAUCGACGACGAGGGCUGGGUCAGGAGUGGUGAUAAGGUACUAACUUACUUUAUCCUGAGUAAAAACGUACCCACACCAGAGUUGUAAUGCUGAUUUGCAAAGACAGGAAGACUUGUAAUGCGCAUCCCCAUGAGAGCCAUUUCCAGUCGUGUUUUGGAAUUUGUGAUGCUGUAAACAGGAUGAGCAGAUGAAUCUGUGAUGCGGCUGCACUUGCUAACCUGCACUACACUGCAUAGCGCAACUUGUCAUGCGUGACUCACAAAGCUCCUAGGUUUGUGCUGCAAAAUCCCCAUCCUGACUCUGGUGUGGGUACGUUUUUACUCAGGAUAUACUUAGCUGCAAAGUAAUAAUCCAAACCGAUGAAACCCAAACGACUAGUGCUUUUACAUCUGAAACAUGUUUGAACAUUUUCCAGCGCUGCGGUGCGCACAAGGGUGACUAAGUACAUACUGGCUCCUCCUCCUGCAUACGCACGGAAGUAGAGAACACAGUCUUGGACUAGGUUCAAUGGUUGUUGUCUGCGAGUAAAUAUUGUGUCACAAAAAUUGUUUUACUAUCAGGCUUGCGUCUCCGCGUCGAACAUGCUUCGUAUCACCGGGCGGUAUAAGGAGCUAAUCAUCACGGCGUAUCCAGCGUGGUAAAAACGUCCCGACGUCGUGGCAACAAGCUGUCAACGCUAUUACUAUACACAGAUGACGGAGUGUCACGUUUGUUCGUUGUGCAUGAGAAGAGUAAAUGAUCCUGGUAGAGCUUAGUAGGUUGUAUGCUUGCAUCUGUCGAUACGGAGCCUCUAUCCUAAGAAAGUAACUAAGUAGCUGAUCAGAGCCAGGGGCAGCGGUGUAAGUGUAUUUAAGUUGCAAGAGCAUUUGCAUUUCUGGACCAGGCCGCUUACACAUUCGAGCUUUACAUCGCAAAAAUUAUUUCGCGUGAAGGACGUUCUUUUUUCCGCACGAUACACGCGGGGGGGAGAACAUCGCGCCCGUGCCGAUCGAGAACUGGCUUCAGACGAAUUUUCUAUCCUGUGCAAAAGUAUCGCACUCGUAGUAAUUGCAGUCAUGCAUUACAAAUCUCUUUCUCACGGCAACACCGCUCGCAUUACAAAUUUUAUUUCUCAUGCUGAGUUAAUUUGUAAUGCAUUUAUACGAGUGCGAUGCUUUUGCAAUGCAUAUUUUCCCGCGAUCAGCAAUGUAAUGAUGGUCGGCGACAAGAAGAAAUACAACACGUGCCUGAUCAGCCUGAAAGCGGUCGGCGCAACAGGCCUGGAGCUAUGCAUGGCAAAUAUGCUGAUAUUUCUGGGUCUGGAUUUGUAAUGCGAAAUUUGAAGUUUUACAGUUCACUAAGGUAUCUUUUUUUGUUGUGGUGGACGAUGGGAGUUCUUUGUCAUGAAUUUGCAAAAAGCCUCGCUAAACUUCUAACGCUGUUUCUAUGCCAUGCGAGGGGUCCCUCCGCAAUGCAAGUAUCGGAUUUAUUAUCGGUAUCAGCUCCUGCAACACAGAUUUGCAUUUGAAUUUCUAGACCCCGACGUAUUUUCAAUUCAUAACAGCCUGGUACGGACCAACUCACCCCGGAUUGCGUAAACCUGCUGAAUUCGAGCGCGAAAACGAUCUCCGGGGCGCAGAAAGAUCCGGCCGUGCAGAAGUACCUGGAAUCGGCCCUGAAGGCGGUGAACCAGGAAAGCUCCGUCGUGCCGUUAUGCAUGAGAAUUGGUUCGUCUGGGACUGGGUCGGGAAGGGUUGUGACGCUUCUUCCAAGCUACCCGUGGUCGUGGAAGAUGAAUUUAUCAUGUCCACGUCCUUCGCGCGUACUAUUCCGCAGGAGGAGCUCCUGCAGUCGCAUUGUUGCAUACUAGGCUUACAUCAAAGGAGUCGUGACUAUUACGAAUUGCCGUUGGUUCACACCAUGCACUACUGCAGCGUUGCUGGACAAGCAUCACAAACCAAAAACUUUGCAUGAUUGAACGACCAGACCCAGAGACCUGGUUGCGAUGCAUACCCGUCCAACGCGUGCAAAAUCCAGAAGUUCAAAAUCCUACCCUGCGACUUUUCCGUUGCCGGCGAAGAGUUGACACCGACAAUGAAAUACGCAGUGCGAAAGUAGUGUGAGAGAGGUCAUGUACCAGGCAGUUUAACGAAUACUGACACCAUCGAUCAGGGGGAGCAAGUAUGCAUGACAAGUUGAAGGAGCUUUAGUUUGCUGGUACGAGUGUUGAAAGGGAGCUUUGUUUGUCUUCAUGACGAAGAUUGGGUACUUUGAUUUUGCGACACUACUUUUGCACGGGAUAGGAGGCUGAAGCGGUCGUUUGUGAUGGACAAGUACUAUCACACAGAAAAAAGCAGGCAGGUCACAUUUGUAAUGCAAAAAUAAACACACAAAAAAAUGAGCAGAUCCUAGAAAACGGCAUGCUAUGGGGCCGUCCAUGACAGGUUUUUCUGUGUAUUUGUUUUUGCAUUACGAAUAUGCCCUGUCUGCUUUUUUCUCUAGGACAACUACCGCAAGCUGAUCGACGAAAUGUACGGGGAGUAGGAAGGAAUAUCUGUGAUGCGGACACAGCAUGAGACUCAGCUUGUGUCAGACUUGGAAUUUUUCGCCACUCUAGAAUAAAAAUCUAAAUCACUCGACUCGACGUCGGUUAGAAGCGGAGCCAGUUUAAUAUUCCAAAAUGAAAAGCUAAAGCUAUACACUCACUUCUGAGUAAGAGUAAACGACACCGUCGUCCAUACAAGAACCCGAUUUGUACUAGCAUGGGGAUGAGGACCAACAGCACGGCGGUGCUAGGGUACCUACUUACUCCUCAAAUUCGAGAAUCUGAAGCAUGAUCAACAUCUCACCACGGUUGUAUUUCAAGUCGCAAUUAAAUCCAUUGAGAUUUGACGUCACGAGGAAAAUGCCGAAGAAGUAGCGAAAGUGUGGUCGAAUGAAAGAGCAGAAACACGAACAUCCUUUGCGCUUGUUGAUUUAGAAAUUUCUCAUGUACCAAAAGAAAAAGAGACGAAGAAAAAUCUACAACAUAACCCUGUAUGUAUUUGUAUCCUAUUAGAAGUUUCAUUUGCUCCGGGCUGGGCACCCAUUUUGCCCUCCCUGCGCUUGCUUGACGAGCCACA